UGAUCAUCAAGCUGCUGCGAUCCGGAAGAGGAAGGUGUUAACGAUGAUAUCAGUGGUCGCUUCGAUGACUAACUUACGUGUCGACUUCCGGCUAAUCGUGCAACAAAUCGCCUCCCUCAUAGAUAGUGCCGACUCCCGAAAGCCUUAAAGCGAGCACUUCCAACAGCACAAUUCUCUCGUACGACCCAUAUCAUUACCGCCUCGCCACUGACUCUUUCUGUUGCAUACGAGCAUGUCCUCCGACGCUCUCUUGACCCAGAUCUUAGCCCAACUUAGCGCACUUCAGGUCUCACAGCAGACCCUACAGGCUAAAUUGGAUGCGUUUACCACCCCCGCUCAAGUUGGAAGUCCACUAAGUCAUGGGACUCCUAUCACAGGCCACCAUGAUUCACCACUUUCACCAACAUUACUGCUAUCACCUUCCUCUUCCUUGAGCAAAGUCCACCUGGCUUCAUCAUCGCCGGCAAGCACUCCAACAGAUCACAAUCUGACUGAUAAAGAGCGAGAGAAGGCUCUGUACCCAGGGAGAGUGCUUUUGACUACUCAUCCUGACCAACAUGGAAUCAAACCUUUCCCAUUACAAUGGGGUGCACCUGAUCCUUCCGUGAGAGGACCUGUGAUCUGUUCACGUUUACCUUCCUCAGUCAAGCAACGCAACGCUAUUGGUGCCCACUCCGGUUCAUAUUCGAUUUAUCGCGCCCUUGCUAUAGCUAUGGGAACUCUCGACCCCACUCAUAAACCAGAUUACUCUAUGACAGAGCCGCCUGUGCCUAUUCCUCCGCAGCCUGCAUGGUCAGACCCACACAAGAUCGUUUCUUUUGACCCCUGGGGACACCUUGUGCCUCAGAUUUAUAGAAAAGAGGUCGAUGAACUUGGACUCGAUGUUCGUCCCAGUAUAGCAGUUACGAAGGCGCACAUCAAACUCAGUGAAAUUGAUGAGACUGCGAGGAAGGGCGAGCUUGAGGUGGACGGCAAGAUUGUAUUAGCCACGCGUCCUCUCAAAAAUGUCGAUGGAACGGAGAGUGAGGCUUAUUCUGGUGUAGAAAUUACGACCAGUAAAGCGGCCGUUGAGCCAGUAUGGUAUCUGCCUGGCGUCGCUGAACGUUUUGGGAUAUCCGAGAGCCUGCUUCGCCGUGCUCUUUUCGAAGACACUGGAGGAAUGUAUCCUGAAUUGAUUACCCGCCCCGAUAUCAAGGUCUUCCUCCCUCCUAUUGGCAAUUUGACAGUUUACAUUUUUGGAAACCCUGCCUUCCUGGCUGAUGAGUCUAAGGAACUGACCUUGCGUGUACACGAUGAAUGUAAUGGUUCUGAUGUCUUUGGAUCCGACAUUUGCACCUGCAAACCUUACCUGGUCUUUGCAAUCGAAGAGUGUAUCCGUUGUGCCCAGAGAGGCGGAGUAGGCCUUGUAGUGUACUUCCGCAAAGAGGGCAGAGCGCUAGGUGAAGUCACAAAGUACUUGGUCUACAAUCUCCGGAAGCGUGGUGGCGACUCUGCCGACAAGUACUUCAAGUCCACGGAGCUUAUUGCAGGUGUGAAGGACAUGCGAUUCCAAGCACUCAUGCCGGACGUGCUACACUGGCUUGGCAUCAAGAAGAUAGAUAACAUGGUGUCCAUGAGCGAUAUGAAAUACAACGCCAUCGUCCAAUCCGGAAUUCCAAUUUUGAAGCGGUACGAUCUGCCAGAGCAUCUUAUCCCGCCGGACUCGCGUGUUGAAAUUGACGCCAAAAUUGCUGCGGGAUACUUUACUAGUGGGAAGCCAAUCACCGAGCAAGACUUGGUCAAGACAGUUGGUAGGACUUGGGAAGAAACAGAGCAUUAGAGACAAAUAGAAGAUAACGCGUGGCCCAUGUAUUUUCAACAACACUUCGGGUUA